AUGUACGAUUUAGGUACGUAUCGGAAAGUAUAUUAUUAUAAGAAUCUAACAUUCAAAAUUGAAUUUUUAAGAAAUCCUACAGGUUACAGCCAUAUUUUAAUGUAUCAAAUUCAUCUCUUUGACUUUCUUUCUUUCUUUUCUUUUCUUUCUUUCUUUCUUUUUUCUUAUCUUUCUUUUUUUCUUUUCGUUUCUUUCUUUCUUUCUUUUCUUUUCUAUCUUUCUAUUCUUUCUUUCUUUUCUUUUCUUUCUUUCUUCCUUCCUUUCUUUUCUUUCUUUUCUUUCUUUCUUUUCGUUUCUUUAUUUCUUUCUUUUCUUUCUUUCUUUUCUUUUCUAUCUUUCUAUUCUUUCUUUCUUUCUUUUCUUUUCUUUCUUUCUUCCUUUCUUUCUUUUCUUUCUUUUCUUUCUUUCUUUCUUUUCGUUUCUUUAUUUCUUUCUUUUCUUUUCUAUCUUUGUAUUCUUUCUUUCUUUUCUUUUCUUUCUUCUUUCUUUCUUUCUUUCUUCCUUUCUUUCUUUCUUUCUUUCUUUUCUUUUCUUUCUUUCUUUUCUUUCUUUCUUUUCUUUUCUUUUUUCUUUCUUUCAUUCUUCCUUUCUUUCUUUCUUUCUUUAAUGCUUGCCUUGGCCUGGCCACGAACAGUUGGCUUCUUCCUUCCUUCCUUCCUUCCUUCCUUCCUUCCUUCCUUCCUUCCUUCCUUCCUUCUUACAUUCAGUCUUCCUUCCUUCCUUCCUUCCUUCUUACAUUCAUUCAGUCUCCCUUCCUUCCUUCCUUCCUUCCUUCCUACAUUCAGUCUUCCUUCCUUCCUUCCUUCCUUCCUUCCUUCCUUCCUUCCUUCCUUCCUUCCUUCCUUCUUACAUUCAGUCUUCCUUCCUUCCUUCCUUCCUUCCUUCCUUCUUACAUUCAGUCUUCCUUCCUUCCUUCAUUCAUUCCUUCCUUCCUUCUUACAUUCAGUCUUCCUUCCUUCCUUCCUUCCUUCCUACAUUCAGUCUUCCUUCCUUCCUUCCUUCCUUCCUUCCUUCCUUCCUUCCUUCCUUCUUACAUUCAGUCUCCCUUCCUUCCUUCCUUCAUUCAUUCAUUCCUUCCUUCCUUCUUACAUUCAGUCUUCCUUCCUUCCUUCCUUCUUAUAUUCAGCCUUCCUUCCUUCCUUCCUUCAUUCAUUCCUUCCUUCCUUCUUACAUUCAGUCUUCCUUCCUUCCUUCCUUCCUUCCUUCCUUCCUUCCUUCCUUCCUUCCUACAUUCAGUCUUCCUUCCUUCCUUCCUUCCUUCUUACAUUCAGUCUUCCUUCCUUCCUUCCUUCUUACAUUCAGUCUUCCUUCCUUCCUUCCUUCCUUCCUUCCUUCCUUCCUUCCUUCAUUCAUUCAGUCUUCCUUCCUACCUUCCUUCCUUCCUUCCUACAUCCUACAUUCAGUCUUCCUUCCUUCCUUCCUUCCUUCCUUCCUUCCUUCCUACAUUCAGUCUCCCUUUCUUCCUUCCUUCCUUACUUCCUUCCUUCCUUCCUACAUUCAGUCUUCCUUCCUUCCUUCCUUCCUUCCUUCCUUUCUUCAUUCAUUCAUUCAGUCUUCCUUCCUUUCUUCCUUCCUUUCUUCAUUCCUACAUUCAGUCUUCCUUCCUUCCUUCCUUCCUUCCUUCCUUCCUACAUUCAUGCCUUCUUUCAUUCAUUCAUUUUUUUUCUUUCCUUACUCCUUCGUUAA